ACUGGCAAGUGGGUGUACCGUGUAAUCGGACUGGUCCUAGACGCUGAGCUCAUGAAUAAUGCAGCUGCCAAACUUUCUGUGCCGCCCUAACUCUGAGAGUUUUGGGUAAGUUUGUUUAGUACAGUCGAAUCACGGCGCCGCCGCCUCCGCCACCGGGGAAGCACUCAGCCCUUCAAGGUCUCCAGGAUGGGUAUGUAAAACAGAAAAGGGACCAACUACCCUCGGUCCCGCCAAAGUCACUUCUUCGCCCAUCUUUUAAGACAGACAAAUGACAGAAAGUGACUGAACCGGGCCGCCCUCUGCACGCGCGAGGGGGGACGAAGAGGACGCCAGGCCUGGAACAGAGCGCGGCUGAGAUUUCAGGGGAACGUUUUACAUCCGAACGUUCGCUUCUCAGUGUUCUAAGUGGGACUGGCCCUCCCGCGGGAUCCCCCUUGCUUCGAGUCCCAGGCCCUCUUUGGAAUUCCUCCCGGCCUUUCGUGACAGCCGCGGGAGAAGAUCUCUCUCUCCUUAGUCCUUUAAAGGAGCUGUUUUCUUAGGGGGAGUUGUAGCAGAUCUCCGAAGUUCUGAGGGGGAGGGGGAGUUGCAUAACUUUCCUUCGGGGCUUGACUUGGAUUUGCUUCAACUGUUCUUGGAGAUUCUGCGAGAUAAAGAUACACUUUGGGGAGGGAGGGGAUAACUGCCUUGGAUUUUCUGCUUGAGGCCUUUUCGCAAACGAGGUCGAGAGAGCUUUGCGUUGGAAACUUAAUUCGCCGCAGACCGAUUGUAACUACAGGAAUCUUGUCUCGGUCGCUCCGAGCAAGGGAGGCUGGAAGUCUGCAAGACAACUUUAGAAGGAGAAAUCCUGGCCUGCCGACUCUGAUUAAUUCCUGCCCCUCUUCCUUUGCGAGGUCCCGCGGCAAACUUUUCUGGUUCAAGGUAGGCAAAAUGAAUCCUGCUGCCGUCCCUCCCCCGCCGGGACAGCAAGUGAUCCAUGUCACCCAGGAUCUGGACACUGAUCUAGAGGCUCUCUUCAACUCGGUCAUGAACCCCAAGCCCAGUUCGUGGAGAAAAAAGAUCCUGCCCGAAUCUUUUUUUAAGGAGCCCGAUUCGGGAUCCCAUUCCCGCCAAUCGAGCACCGACUCCGGCAGCCACCCUCCCCGGCUUAGCGCUGCCGUCGGGGUCCACCACGUCCGCUCUCACUCUUCGCCAGCUUCUCUGCAGCUGGGCACCGGGGCUGGAGCCACCCCGACUUCGGCUCAACAGCAUGCCCACCUCCGCCAGCAGUCUUACGACGUGACGGAUGAGCUGCCGCUUCCUCCCGGCUGGGAGAUGGCGCUCACGCACACGGGUCAGAGAUACUUCCUCAACCACAUAGAGAAAAUUACAACUUGGCAAGAUCCUCGAAAGACUAUGACCCAGCCAUUAAAUCACAUGAGCCAUCAUCCUUCAACUACUUCCACCCCAGUAUCACAACGAUCAAUGGCCAUGUCACAACCCAACCUUGUAAUGAAUCACCAGCACCAGCCACAGAUGACACCAACUACAACUAUAUCUCAGCAGAACCACCCUCCCCCAAACCCUCAAGCUGCCUUAUUGAAUAUGCCAAAUGCCUUGACCUCCCAGCAACAACAGCAGCAGAAACUGAGGCUUCAGAGAAUCCAGAUGGAAAGAGAGAGGAUUCGCAUGCGUCAGGAGGAACUCAUGCGCCAGGAAGCUGAUUUGUACCGACAACUUCCCAUGGAAUCUGAGAACCUUGCCCCAGUUCAGACUGCUGUGAGCACACCUAGCAUGACACAGGACAUGAGAUCUAUUACAAAUAAUGGGUCAGAUCCCUUUCUGAACAGUGGGCCAUACCAUUCCAGGGAGCAGAGCACAGACAGUGGCCUAGGCUUAGGAUGUUACAGCAUACCGACUACCCCUGAAGACUUCCUCAGCAAUGUAGAUGAGAUGGACACAGGAGAUAAUGUAGUACAGACUUCCAUGAAUGUCAACUCCCAACAGACCCGCUUUCCUGACUUCCUUGACUGUCUUCCUGGAACAAACGUUGACCUUGGGACAUUAGAGUCCGAAGACCUGAUCCCCAUCCUUAGUGAUGUGGAAUCAGUCCUCAACAAAAAUGAACCUUUUCUUACCUGGUUGUAACUGAUAACCCAACAUUUCCUUUCCCUCUAGAAUUUAAGGCCAAGCCUCCUCAAGUCCUUCAGCUAACCAGCCUAAUCCUUUGCUGACUUUUCCAACCCCUUUAUAGGUCAAUGAAUCUUGAUUGGGAUGUCAUUGACAAUAACUUACAUUUGAAAUAUAUACAAAUACAAUAUACAUCCAUCCCUAGUUUUAAGGAGUAGAAUUGCUUAUAGAUAUUAAAUGUAAGUUUACCUAGAUGUGUUUUGAGGAGACAAAGGGGUAGAGUUUGUUCGUUUGUUUUGCACCAUGUCUGAACUGAACGGUCAUCAGUUACAAUUAAGUGUGUAAUUAAGGAAAUUAAAGACAGUGAUGACUGUAAGAAGUUUCAGACUGCAGAAGUUAGCUUGGUUCUGAAAACCUAGCACACCAUCAAAUACAGCUCUGUGAUUAUAUUUAAUGGUCAUUGCACCAAAUGCUUGUUAUUUACAUAAGUUUUAAAAAUCAUCAUUAUUUUAAAUAAACUCACACUGUAGGGAAUACAGCUUUUUUCUUUUUAAUUCCAAGUCAACCAGAGAGCAACUUUUUAAAAACCUGCAAAGCACAAACAGUACUUUUGGGACUUUUUCAGUUGCUACAUGGUUUCUAGUAAGCAAAAGUGAAAUGUUUUAACUGUUGUUUUUACACUACCACUGCAUUAUAAAAUGAAACAGGUUGAUACUAAUUGCUGCCAUUUUUAAACUAUGUAGAAAAUGAAAAAAAUGCAAUUAUAUAUGUUACGUUCUUUUUUACUUUCAUUUUAAAGAAGUACACUUUAUAUGUAGCUGUUUUAAAAACUAUUUUAAGGUGAAUCAUAAAAACAACAAACUUUUGUUGUGUUAUACACAAACCAAAAAUUCUAGCAAAUUCUAGCAAAAUAGAAUUUCAGAAUUCUGGAGAAAAAUUGUCACAUUAUUGAAUACAGUAACAAUUUUGUAGAGCCUUAUUAUCUUUUUUUCUUUUUAGCAAUAAUGCAUUUUGUUGAUCAGAUUUUACAAGCUAGAAAUAAUUGCUUCACUUUAUCAGUUAGGUGAAAGCCAACCUCUCUUUGCCAGUAUAGCAAAGGUGCUUAACUUUUUAGCUAUUUGCUUCUUAAUUCUGGCAUAUGAGACAAAAGACUAUUGUUGGUGUACUCCUAGCUAUAUUCAUAUAAAGAUUAUUAAAUAGUUGAUAUCCAGGACUGAGAAUGCAUCAAGGACUUCCAAAUGCUCACUUUCCCUGAAAUGCAAAUGACGUCCUGAAAUUAAGUAUUUUAAAUUGUUUUUAUUUAUCUAUGAACACUAAGCUUUUUUAUAUUGGAAAAAAUUAACUUUUUAUGGAAGGCAUUAUAAUUAAUACAAGCCUCUUAAUCAGUGAUAUGCGAACCAAACAAACACACUGCCAGGCUUCAAGCAUACCAAUAAACAGUCAUCAUUGUAUUACAGAACUGGGCAGUAUAUGCCCCUAAUUUUCUUGGUGAAGAAAAGGAAGUGAAAUAGAUGUUAGCUUGAAGUCAGUAAGAUAGGUUGAAGAGUGGCUAAGGAGAGAAUGCAGAUAGCAAUGCUGGAGUAUUACAGAGUCAAUUCUGGGGAUUACCCCAGUGGAUCAAUUAAAUAUUGGUGAACACUAUUUCGUGGGAGAAUUGUUACUUGAAGGUAUUUGUUCUAAAUGCACCAGGCUAGUUUUCUUUUCACAAUAUUUUAACCAUGAGUGAUUAAAAAACAAAAAUGAAAUCCAAUUUUUGUGAAGUUUUAAUAUUUGACCCAGAAAAUAUUUUGUGUUUGUUUUAUAAGGGCAGGGAUGGAUACGCAGACAUAAGUAAGUAGAUUAGUUUGUUUUAGCAGAUUCUUGCACCUACUAGAAAAUAUUUUCCAUCAAUGGGCAUUCUUUCUCUUUUAUUUUAAAGGACUUUUUUUUUCAUUUUGCUUGCUCACUUAACAUAUAGGAUUAAUCAUUAAGAGAGCAAGAGAUUUGUCUUUAAGUAAUGUUAUUGCAUGUUUUCACUAUUUAAAGAUUAUCAGCCAUGAUAUGAAAACCAGAUACUCCUACGAUGUUUACUAUUUUAGCUAUGUGAACAAGUUUCUUCUUUCUUGAUUUUUUUUUUCUUACCUGCUUAGAAAAACAGGAAGUUAUUAAAGGCAGAUCCAAGUCUUACUUGUUGUAGGGCCAGUGCUUUUGUGUUCAUCGAGAAGCUGCAGAAACACUGCCAUAGAUCUCGUGUUCACUCAGCAUGUGAUCACUUGGCAAUUUUUGGACUUCUGCAGAUUUACAGAUUUAAGACAUACAUAGUAACAUUUGCUGUGACAGACUGGGCUUAUAGCUGGAAUAAAUCGGCAAUAGGCUUCAAUUGAAGAUAGCUCACUUAUUCUAAAGAAGAAUCAGAUCUAAUGGUGUACAUUAAUAUUGGAAGUGCCAUUUCCCACAUAUUUGUAGCCAACAUCUUGUUCCAUUUUGCACAACCAAAAACAGCCAUCAAAGGAACUCUUCCAAGUUGUGUUAGUGGUAUAAUUUACCUCCUUUGAUUUGAUUUUCAGGAGUUAGUCUGCACGAAUUAGAAUGACUUCAAUUUAAAGUGAAAAUGGCAUAGAGAAGGAACUAAACUUCAUCCAGGCCCCAGCUGGAUCUAGGAGAGAGUUAGGAGCAGAAAGGAGACUAUUGUCUUAAUCCCAUAUGACAUCAAGAUGGGCAGAGAAGCAAAAUUCAAGCAUUAGAGCAGAAAUUUCAUACCUUGUCUGGCUCCAGAUCCUAUUAAUUAAAAAAAAUUAUCAGUACACAAAGAAAAAAAUCAAGAUACACUAGUAAUAAAAAAAUAGCUUUAUUGGGGGUGUCAAGGGAUAGCGAUUAACCAGUCUUUUACAAAAACAACUCCAUUACAACUUCAUGGAACCUUGGGGAGGAGUCCACAGUUUGAAAAACAUUACUAUAGAGAACUAUAGCAAACCGCAAAAAUCCAAAUGACCAUUAAAUGUAGCAAUGAGAUAUUGAAAACACUAUAUUUGGCUACCAUUUAAUGAUCUACAUCUAGGUUUUUGCAAUCUAAAUCUAGUACCCAUAUAAUUUUUAUAAGUAGGAAUUCUGGGUAUACUUCUCUCUUUGAAGAGAUCACUAGCAAUGCUUGUUAUUGCCAUACCUAUGAUAACUCGAAUUGAAGUACAUAAGUAAGUGAAUGGGGAACACAUAUGAGAAAUUAAUAUUCUUAUCCUUUUUCCUUAUUCCUCACCAUGAUGAAGGUAAAUGCUAUAAGCUUAGAGCCACCAGAGCAAGGCUUGAAAAAUCAAGCUGCACACUAGAAAAAUCCAGAUGACGUGCUAGCUGCCAGCAAAAAAACCUACCAUUUUCCGUAUCUUUUGUACCUAGUGGGUUUUUGGUAAAUAGAAAUAAUGCUGAACCAUUCUAAGGUAGGGAAAAAAGCUGCAUUGUUACUAUCAGUGUACCUUAUUUAAGUGUAUAGCUCUCAACAGAGUUUCCUAGCCCUAAGAUUUGUUGUGUUCAAUGGGAAUAACUUCUGAAUAGGUGUACGUAGGUAUUUUGACUGACAGGUUUAGAGCCCUGCAAGUAUUUUGGGAAUUAGUAGAGACAAGGCUGGUUUAGAACUAUAGGCAGAUAAAUCAAGUAAACUGGUUAGCCUAUGAAGGUUUCAUGUAGCAUUAGAACAAAGUCAGCAUUAGAACAAAAGGAGCCAAUAUUGUUUUAUUUUAAACUGCCAGAACUGUUAUUUUUAAGGAGUGAAGCAUUUGAUAGUAAAGAUUUGGGGGGAAGGGGGGGGGAAGAUCCCAAUAAUCACCAAAAAUGGGAAAAUUGAAUAAGUCAAGUAUAUGUUGCAAAGCCCUAUUUUCAUUUUUAAGGGUUGUUUUGCAAACAAUUGUUUCUUACUGAUCUAAUAGUUUUUCAUAAAAUUUCAGUGCAAGAAUAUGACUUAUAGUUUUUUAUUACUUCAUUUUUUACACUAAAUUACUUUUGCCAGCAGUGAAAAAUAUAGUAGUAGAGCAAUCACGCUGCCAUUCAAGGAUUUUAAGUUAGGGUAAGGCACGCUUCGGUGCUGACCAUAUACAAGUUAUGGGAUAUAAAUAACAGCUUGUAAUCUUGAGUGAGGGGAAAUUUUGAGGUCGUUGUUUUUCAAACUGAGUUCUAAAGAAUUCUGAGGUUUCUUAGAAGUAGGUUAAGAAUUCCAAUACAAAAUCAAAUUAACUUCCAUUGAAGUAAAUUUGCCUGCUAAUGUGCAAUGAACAUGGUGUCUAGUGAUUAUUCCUGAACUCAGGAAACUCAGAUCCCAGUUCCCACUCACUGAUGAUGUAUUCUGAGCAUCUAGUCGUGUUCCACUUGUUAACUGUCCUAUGCCACAGGGUGGUUAUGAGAGUAAAGGAAGGAAAGUGCUAUAUGCUACCAUGAACUCCAUGGCAAAACGAUGGGAUAGAAAUGUAAUAGAAUAACAAAGCUUUUCCUGUUGCAACAGGGACUGUACUAUUGACUGUACUGUGGAGUUUGUUUUAAGUUCAUGAAGGGGAAAAGUGAGAUCCAACAGGGCUGGACAGGGCCUUGUGUUAAUAGUGUGUGCACUUGAAAAUUAUCCCUCUAAACCACUGGAAGGAGUUAAUAUGCCGAGUGCAAAAGAGUUCUUUGAAGGCAGAUGUUUAAAAACUGCUGUAUUGGACGUUAAAUUAAUUGAAAGUAAAGCAAUGGAGAAGCCAAUGCUUUUUUUUAAGAGUUGGACAAAUUAAAUGCUUAUUUUCAGGAAUGGAAAUGAAUGGUAAAACCAAUAUUUCUGUUUUCCUAAUACACUACAUUCAUUUAUGUGCUAAUACUUUAAUACUUUUUUAUUUACAUCAGUUUGUUAUGCUAUAUGCCAUCUUGUGUGAGCAUUUGUUUUCAGUGUAGAAUAAUAUGCAUACAUUUGUGUAUGCUUGAAAAUCAGAACAAACAGUUAUAUCCAGAGUUUGUUUCUUUUUUAAAAAACAAAGUAUUUCUUUAUUAUUGUACAAGAAAAUAAAUAAAUAAAUAAAUAAAUAGAAAUUGAUUUAAACUUCC